AUGGAGAAGACCUAUUCCCUGACGGCCCACUACGAUGAGUUCCAGGAGGUCAAGUACGUGAGCAAAUACAGCGGGGGCGCCACCCUGCCCAAUGGCUUCAACCUUCAGCUGGGCGCCCCGGGGCCCAAGAAACCCCGCUGCGGCCUGCCCCGCUGGAGCCGCCGGGAGAUCUGCCUGCUCUCCGGCCUGGUCUUCGCGGCGGGCCUGUGCGUCAUCUUGGGCUGUAUCCUGGCCCUCAAGUACCUGGCGCUGGAGCAGGACGCCUACUGUCUGGAGGGCUGCCAGGAGCGCAAGGCCUUCGGCAAGGCCUCCCGUUUCGUCGCCGGCAACAUCGACCCCACCAUCGACCCCUGCAAGGACUUCUACUCCUUCGCCUGCGGCGGCUGGCUGCGCCGCCACGCCAUCCCCGAGGACAAGCUCAUCUACGGCAUCAUCGCCGCCAUCGGCGAGCAGAACGAGGAGAAGCUGCGGCGCCUCCUUCUCCGGCCCGUCCGGCGGGGCCACCGGGCCUCGGCCGAGCGCAAGGUCAAGGAGUUCUUCCGCUCCUGCCUGGACAUGGUGGAGAUCGACAGCCAGGGUGCCCGGCCUAUGCUGGAGGUCAUCGAGGACUGCGGCGGGUGGGACAUGGCUUUGACCGGCCGGCAGGCCCGCUGGGACUUCAACGAGCUCUUGUACAAGACCCAGGGAGUCUACAGCACGGCUGUCUUCUUCUCCCUCACCGUCAACCUGGACGACAAGAACUCCUCCCGCUACGUCAUUCGGAUUGAUCAGGAUGGAUUGACGUUGUCGGAGCGAACUCUCUACCUAGGACAGGAUGAAGAGAGUGAAAAGAUUUUGGCUGCCUAUCGGGUGUUCAUGGAGCGUCUCCUGGGCCUGCUAGGGGCCGAGCACGUGGAGCAGAAAGCCAGCGAGAUCCUGCACCUGGAACAGAGGCUGGCCAAUAUCACAGUCUCCGAAUACGAUGAUCUCCGUCGGGACAUCAAUUCCAUGUACAACAAGGUCACGCUGGGGGAGCUGCAACGCAUCAUGCCAAAUUUGAAAUGGAAGCGGCUCCUUGACCGAAUAUUCCACGACAAUUUUUCGGAGGAUGAGGAGGUGGUGCUGCUGGCCACCGAUUACAUGCAGCGGGUGUCCGAGCUGAUCCACACCACGCCAAUCAGGAUCCUCCAUAACUACAUGCUGUGGCGCAUCGCGGUGGUGCUGAGUGAGCAUCUUUCCACCCCCUUCCGCGACGCUAUCCACGAGCUGGCCAAGGAGAUGGAGGGCGCCGAGAAGCAGCAAGAGCUGGGCAAAGUCUGCCUCAGCCAGGCCAACAAGCACUUCGGCAUGGCCCUGGGAGCUCUCUUCGUGGAAGAGUACUUCUCGUCAGCCAGUAAGGCCAAGGUGCAGGAGUUAGUGGAAGACAUCAAGCACAUCCUGGACCGGCGACUGGAGGAGCUCGACUGGAUGGACGAUGCCACGCGGCGGGCGGCCAGAUCCAAGCUCCAGCAUAUGAUGGUGAUGAUCGGCUACCCAGACUUCCUCCUCAACCCUGAAGCCAUCGACAAGGAAUACGAGUUUGAAGUCCACGAGAAAACAUACUUCAAAAACAUCCUCAGUAGCAUCAAAUUCAGCAUUAAACUAUCGGUGAAGAAGAUCCAUCAGGAGGUGGACAAGUCGGCGUGGCUGUUACCUCCCCAGGCGCUGAACGCAUACUACCUUCCCAACAAGAACCAAAUGGUGUUUCCAGCCGGGAUCCUUCAGCCUACUCUCUACGACCCGGAAUUCCCACAGUCCCUGAACUUUGGCGGGAUCGGCACGAUCAUUGGACACGAGCUGACCCACGGCUAUGACGAUUGGGGAGGCCAAUACGAUCGCCAUGGCAACCUGAUGCACUGGUGGACGGACGCCUCCUAUAGCAAGUUUCUGAGGAAGGCCGAAUGCAUCGUCAACCUGUACAACAACUUCACCGUCUACAACCAAGGGGUGAAUGGAAAACACACGCUGGGGGAGAACAUCGCUGACAUGGGGGGGCUGAAGCUGGCUUACUACGCCUACCAGAAAUGGGUGCGGGAACACGGCCCCGAAAGUCCCCUGCAGCGGCUGAAGUACACCCACGAACAGCUUUUCUUCAUUGCUUUCGCCCAGAACUGGUGUAUUAAACGGCGCUCACAGUCCAUCUACCUGCAAGUGCUGACUGACAAACAUGCUCCUGAACACUACAGGGUUCUCGGCAGCGUCUCCCAGUUUGAAGAAUUCGGCCGGGUCUUCCACUGCCCCAAGAACUCCCCCAUGAACCCGGCGCACAAAUGCUCCGUCUGGUGAAGCGCAAACCCGCGCCUAACCCCGGUGUGCGCCAAGAAACCUGCCAGAUCCGUCGCCGCUCUAUUCCUCACCCGCUGGAUGGAUGGAGGGGGGAAACCAGGCCUGCUAACCCCAUUCUCCCGGAUGGACGGACAAACCAAACAGACUCCUAAUGGCUGUGGGGAAGGGAAACUGGAUCUUUUAGGAAAUGGCCUCCUCGUUCGCUCCCUGCCAUGCCCAGAUCAGCGUGUACCUGGGUUGGGUUGUCUGUUUUGGGAAAGUGUGGAGGGGACAGUUACAAAUGGGCUAUGGCAUCAAGGCAGGCCUCUCUACCAGUCUAGGCCCAGCUGCUACCAUGGCAACAGAGCAGACCGCAUAAGGCCUGUUUCUCCAACCAGCCUUUUUAAAAAAAUGGCAGCAUUUUGGCUGCCAAUUGACGGAGACGAAACUUGCAAAAUUCACUCAAAGCUCUAUUUCUGCCUUCCAGUUCUGCCUGAGUUCUGGCACGUAUCUGGCCUCUCCUCAGUCACAGAACAAUGACAUCCCCCCCUCCAGCCUUGGUUGAAAAUGGGCAGAACCUAGGGUUGCCAACCUACAGGUAGAGUUUGUGAAGUACAACUGCUGUCAAGAAUAUUGUUAGGUUCCCCUGCAGGAAGCGGCCGCUUCAGAAGGCAAACUCUAUGGUGUACCACAAAGUCUAGGAGCAACGGAAGCCCUAGAGUGACACAAUAUCCUGUCCACAGCUUUUGUUCUUCCUGGGUACUGUCCCCCACCCCCUCAAAUCUCCAGGAAUUUCUCAAGCUGAAGUUGGCAACCCUAGGAGAACCAGGAUCCCUGGGGAAGAGAGGAGGAGACAUGGCCACGUACAUACUCCAUGCCACUUAGCUGGGCAGCUACUCCGUGGCCCAGUCACUUUCCCCUGAGCGAAAGCACGACCGAGCUGAGGCUACAGCACAAGGUUACCCCAGGAGGUCGAGGGAGGCCUUGCCAGGGAAGGAAUCGCACUUGGCCCUCCUCCGAGUCCUGCCUCCUGUCCCCAUCGCCACCACUCCUGGCCAGACGGUGGCGCUGUCUCGGCAGCCAUUUUGUAGCUGGCUCUCUGUACAGAUAUGUCGCGCUGUAUUUUUCUGCUGCUAUGUUGAAUUAAAAGGCCAGAGCUGUUUUGUCUGCAUGGGCAAA